GCAUCAAAUGGAACAACAAAUUACUUUGACCUCAAGCUCCAGACGUCUGACGAUAAAACUGUUCGCCUUGUUUGUUUUUCACCACCAAAACGGAGCGUUCUUCUAACUGCAUAUGAAAAAAGAUCACCAGUUAAAAUAGCAGCCAACUUGAACCCUAAAAAACGACUUAACAGCGACUUAGAAGAGUACACAGUUCCUAAGAGUGCUAAAAUAAUGCCAACUGAGCUAAAGUUCAACUUCAAUGAGAAUCUUGACAAUCAUUUACAUGCAGUCAGUCAAGCACGGUCAACACACCAUAAUAGUUGACAAAAAGGCAAAAAUCAUAGCCCAAUUUCUAUCUGCCCCUAGUCACCAGUCAACUGAAACACCCUGGGGGGCAGGAGGAGGCUUUUUGUUCAUAUACUGAAAGAGAAAAUGUUACUUGUGCAGUAAGAACUGAGAGUUCACAAAUAUUCUGAUAUUAAUAAUGUUUAAUUGAUUAUUUUCUGUGAAACUCACGACUACUGUUUUUCACAUUGAGUUCAGCAAAAAAAAGGCAACACUCGUCAGUUUGUUACAAGAAUGUGAAACUAUGCACAUUCAGAGGUGUGGCAAAUAAUGGUAUCUACUAAAACUAGAACACCGGAACAUCCACUAACAAUGUUAGUGAACAGUUAGAAUUAGGGUUGGAAUUGAUGGUUAGUGGUGAGCGAUUAGCAGCUAUUGUUUGCAUUUACUGUUUUUGGUGGUUAGGAU